AUGGAGCUUUAUAAUGAAACCAAAGAUACUGAUAUCUUGGUAGCAUUCCAAGUAACUCCUCAAUCAGAAGUUCCACCGCUUCGUGGGGAAGCAGGGAUCGCUGUAGCUGCUGAAUCUUCUACUGGUACAUGGACAACUGUGUGGACCGAUGAGAUUACCAGUCUUGAUCGUUGAUGCUAUGGAAUCGAGCUUGUUGCUGGAGAAGAAAAUCAAUAUAUUGCUUAUGUAGCUUAUCCCCUAGACCUUUUUGAAGAAGGUUAUGUUACUAACAUGUUUACUUCCAUUGUGGGUAAUGUAUUUGGAUUCAAGGCUCUAUGUGCUCUAGAUCUGGAGGAUUUGUGAAUCCCUACUGCUUAUAUUCAGACUUUCUAAGGCCCGCCUUAUGGUAUCCAAGUUGAAAGAGAUAAAUUGAACAAGUAUGGUCGCCCUUUAAUGGGUUGUACUAUUAAACCAAAAUUAGGAUUAUUCGCUAAGAAUUAUGGUAGAGCAGUUUAUGAAUGUCUACUCGGUGGACUUGAUUUUACCAAAGAUGAUAAAAACGUGAAUUCCCAACCAUUUAUGCGUUGGAGAGACCAUUUCCUAUUUUGUGCAGAAGCUAUUUUGAAAUCACAAGCUAAAACAGGUGAAGUCAAAGGACAUUACUUUAAUGCUACUGUAGGUACAUGCGAAGAAAUGAUGAAAAGGGAUAUAUUUUCCUGAGAAUUGGGAGUUCCUAUUGUCAUGCAUGAUUACUUAACAGGUGGAUUCACUGCAAAUACUAGCUUGGCUCAUUAUUGCCGAGAUAAUGGUCUACUUCUGAACAUUCACUCCAAUGCAUGCUGUUAUUGAUAGACAGAAGAAUCAUGGUAUGCACUUUCGUGUAUUAGUUAAAGCGUUACGUAUGUCCGGUGGAGACCAUAUUCACGCUGGUAUCGUAGUAGGUAAACUUG